AUGGCAGGAUAUACAUUAAAAAGAUUCUCAGGUAGAGUAGAUAAAGAUAUAGAUGAAUUCAUAAAAGAUUACAGACUCUAUCUUACAGUGGUCAAUAUCACUACUGCUAAUGCAGAUAGUAAACAGAAAGCUUUAAAACUAUUUCAGUCAUACUUAACAGAUGAAGCAUCAUCAAAUAUGACUGCUGUUGUAGCCUUAAAUAAUGCUAACAUAAUGGUCACUAUGAUCAAUGUAUCAGAUGAUACUCUACUACUAGCAUUACUAACUGGAGUUACUAGUAUCACAGUUAUUUCAGCACAUAAUGUUCAUAUGGAUGAGAAUUGGUUUCUUACUAGAGAGUGUUCUGUAGAUGCUAGUAUAGCAACUAAUGCAUCAAAUAAAGUUUUAAAUAAUAAUAAUAAUAUAGUUCUUCCUAAUAUCAAAUUAGUCAGAUCAUCUAUUAGUUUAAAAAAAAUUAUCUUACAGUUGUUCAAAAGUAACAGAAAUUGA